UCGAGCCUUUCUCCUCGAACUGGUCAGAUAUUGGGAGUUCUGAUAAUAUGCACAAGAGAAAUUCUUUUUUUGCCGAUUCGGUCAGCCAAUUUAUAGGCUCGCUGAAUCAGCGAAAGCCGUCGGAUGGAGGGCACCCCUAUCGGAUCCAUUCAUUGAUUCGGCUGGCCUAUUCGACUUGCCGAUUCGGCUCGCUGAUUCGUUGUAGAGAAACGGCAUAGUCGAAGUGUCACUCCCUCUCUGCUAAAUGCCUGGCUAUUAUGAUAUUAAUGACAUCCUCAUGGAGGAGGAGCCCAUUGCGGUUGUUUUCCAAGUGGGAGCGAAUGGAGUUGGCCUGCUAGAUCCUGGUGCAGAAACAAACAGUGUUGAGAAGGGUGCUAAAGUGGACCUUCCAUUUUGGCUCGCUCACGAGCUGUACUUGAGACAAGCUGUGUCCAUAAGUAUUCCUGCCUGCUUCGGCCAGAAAACAAGGAAGGAAAUCCAAGCUGACGCAGCUUGUGUUGAUCUGAGGAUACGUUGCCCCUACUUUUAUGAACUGGGCUGCAAAAUUGUUCCUCUGGUAUCUGACAAAAGUAUUGGUCCCUUCGUACGCUACGCCUUCACGAGUAGAUACAAGGAGAUACUGAGCAAGUCUCACAGUGCUCCUGUCGCAACCGUUCCGAAGUUCCUACCACGCCUCACGAAAGAAGAAACUCAAUUGUUUGAAGCUGCUCGAUCUUCGAUGGCAGCGUUCAAGAAAUGGCGCGUAGGCGGGUCGAGGUUGGAGAAAGCACCCAUUCUAGGGAGGAAGAGGAAGACGACGUUCCCGAUUCGCCCUUCGACGCCGUAAGCUAUUUAUUUAGUUGACAUAGAAUUCCUAGCAUUCUACGAGUGCAACAUGCUGUUGAGAACUGUACUAGCCCUCUCCAGAUUCCUAUAUUUCUCGUUUCUUUCUUGUAUAUGUUCUAAUCCCAUGUAGUUGUGAUUUAUCAUCAUUUUACUUAGAAAUUACUUACCAAAAAAGCAUGAGGUAGAUGCAGUUUCAGAUAGUGUUAGUGGACCGGGUUGAAUUGAGCUGCGAUCGGACCCGAUUUCGGUUGCUGGUCCAAAACCUCGGGCAUUCGCUUGGUCCAGUCCCAUAAGGCACCUUUGUAAAGGGACUGGGCCUAACUCAGGAAUUUUUUUAUUAAUUAAU